UUGUUAUUUUUGGCAAGUUAAAAAAGCAUCAUGGCGUCGGCGAGGCCACAGCGCUUCGAUCCUUCCGCAAUUAGGAAAAAAGAUGAGACAGAAGAAUUGCUUGUGUUUGGAUAUUCGUGUAAAUUAUUUAGGGAUGAUGAAAAGGCAUUAUACAUCGACCAAGGCAAACACCUGAUCCCUUGGAUGGGUGAUGACACCCUCAAAAUAGACAGAUACGACGUUAGAGGCACCGUGUACGAUCUCCGUCCUCUAGAACCUCUUGGCGGUGGCGCUUCAGACGCAUUGUGGUCGACCCUUUCAGAUGCUGAAAGGAAGGUCGAGCAACUUUGUGAUGAAGAACGUUACCGAGCACUGUACCACAAUGAGGCGGAAGAAGCCAUGUACCAAGAGGAAGAGUUGAAGAGACUGCACAAAGCCUUAGAUCCCCAGAACUCAUAUGGUCAAGUUCCAUUCAGUUACGAUAAUGAGACAGAGCAAGACGAAUCUGCUGCGCCCUCAAACAAAGAGCCUAAUGAUGAAGCUGCUGAGGAGGAGGAUGAACCGUUCAUCCCUCCCCAGGAAUUAGAUAUUCCAGUCGGCAUGGUUUUGCCGGAACGCACUAAACUCAAUGCCAUCAUUGAGAAGACAGCUUCCUUUAUCAAUACUCAAGGCCCUCAGAUGGAGAUAAUUCUUAAGAUGAAACAAGCAAACAACCCUCAGUUCUCAUUUCUCUCAUUUGAUUGUCCUCUCCACGCAUAUUAUAGGCACUUGCUGAUGGCCAUUAAAACUGGUAGAUACCGGACCAGACAAGAAAAGAAGCAGCAAGAACAGAAUGAUUUAGAGAAUUCUGACCAUUACCUUCAUCCAAGCCUUGCCACUGCACCAAAACCUGUUGAAUUGGCUCCCAGCAUUCCCAGCAUCAGCUACAAACCAUCUGCAGAUUGUGCAUAUUCCAUGCUGGUCAACAAAUUCAAAGAUAGGCAGGCCAAGCUGACAGAUGACACCUCAGGAUCCUCAUCCCCAGGAGACGGAACUGGACAAAAUGACAGCCCAUUGGAUCCUUCAACCAUAAUAGCACCACCUUCAGAAAUUCAAGUGAUCAUUGAUAAAAUGGCUAGCUAUGUCAUUAAAAAUGGAAGGGACUUUGAAUCAGUUGUGCGCAAUAAAGGUGAUGAAAGAUUUGCCUUCUUGGACCCUGGGCAUCAGUACCACCGAUAUUACGAUCACAAAGUGCGGGUGUAUCAAGGGCUAGAACAGCCACGAAAUUUCACCCAGGGAGUAGCUACUGCCAGCAAGAACACAGGCACUCCAAAUCCAAUUCAAAAUCCCAUUAAGAAAAAACCACCUCAAGAGAAAAAUAAACGUCCGAUUCUCCUUCCUGGCUAUGAAUACAGUGAUGACUCCUCUGAGUCUGAAGGCGAUGAGUCUGAUACAGAAGAUUCAAGAGGAAAGCCUAAACUAGCACCAGUCUGUUUCUCCAUAAAGAAGCCCAAGGAAGCAGAAAUACUGAAAGAAGUCAAAAGUGCUCUUCCUGUUGAGGAAGAAAGUUCAGAAGAAGAUGUUGAAGGUGAUGGAGAAACAGCACCAAAGCCAAGUAGUUCUGCACCAGAUACAAACCCAAUUGAUGUACCGCCUCCUGCUUUGCCAAACCGGGAGGAAGAGAUGAAAAGGCUUCAGCAGUUGCUAAAAGAAAAAGAAAGGCAACUCAAAGAACAGGAAAGACUAAGAAAAAUUUCUGAAAAGCGGAGUCAGGACAUAUUUCAAAUUGAGUCUACCCCUAAACCAAGUUUGCCUCCAUUGCCUGAAUCUGCUCCACCACCACCUCUACCACCACCAGUCGUUGUAGAAACACUUGAGCCAGAACCUAAGUGUGCAGUUGAAACCCAUGAAACUUUGGACAUUGCAAUGCCUGAGGAAAUAAAAAUUGUGGGGAAUGAAACAUCUGCCACUACAAAGAAAAAUGAAACUGAAACAAAAGUAAAACCUUUUAGUUCAGAUGACCUUCUGAAGGAAAUAUCUGAAACAGAAAUAAUUGAUCUCACUGAAGAUGCUCCUAAAAUAUCUGACACCACACGUCUCGAAAGGAAAAGAAAAGCAGCUGCAUUUUUAAGCAGACUUCAAAAGGAUCGUCCCUUUAAAAGAAACGGUGCUUCCUGCCCUGCCAGUGAUUCUGAUGCAGCAUCAAGGCAUUCAACUCCAUCUCCAACUUAUUUAAAGAGGGAAAAGUUAGACUCCACUUUGACUAGUUUCCAUGAGGCAGGCAUUCCUAAAACAUCUUUAAUGGCUAGACUUGCAGCUUCCACUGAGAUGUCCAGACAAAGAAAAGCUGACAAAAAUGAUGUGUCCAAGGAAAAGUCAAGUAGCCAACGUAAGUCAGAAAGUCCUGUGAAGUCAUCAAAGGAAAGAGAAGAGAAAUCUCAUCAUAGACAAAGGAGGAAAAAGGAUUCCUCAUCACCCUCUGAAUUGGAACAUGACAGAUCUCGAUCUCGAUCCCGCUCCAUGUCCUACUCCAGGUCUCCUUCCCACAAGCGGCGCCAAGGUGAUGACAGUGAUACUGAAUAUCGGAGCCACAGGCACCACAAGGAAGGAAAGAGUAGCCACCGAAAAAAGUACGAUGCAGUUGAAUCAAUAGACCCGCCAAGAGAGCAUAAUCGACAUCAUCGCAGGCAUGAAGAGGAAAGAAGAAGUCAUAGUUACAGUCAUAGUCACAACUCUAACCGUAGUCGAGGACAUAGUCAUACACAGGGCCGAACUCAGAGCAAUAACCACUCCAGGAAGACUGAUGUACAAGGAAGUGAUAGUGACUCAACUGACUAACAAAAAGUCACUUAGCUAGUUCAAUUUUCUUUCUUAUUUCACCUUUUGAUGUGAUUGUUCCAGUCUGUUUAGGAAACUCAGCACGUCAUUCUGUGUGCCAUGACUGGAAAUUUUCUCUUCGUAUUGUUAUUACGUCUUUACAAAAAGUGUUCAGCAGUGACUAGAUAUAAUUUUUGUUGUACAAAUAAUUGGCAACCAAAGAUGGUGUACAUUUCACAAUUUCACAAGUUUUUUUUUUUUUUCUAAGCUUAAAAUUAAAAUUAUGAAUUACUGAUUUUCUCCCUUUUUUUGAAUACUUUUGGUAAAAGACCAUUUUUUACCUCGUCUUUUAAAUUUAAUAAAAACUUCUGUGAUCAUGUUUUACUCUGGA